CACAGAAAAACACGGAAGUCGUAGAAGUUGAUCAAUGAAAACAACAUGAUGGUGUAGAGGUUGCAUCGUAGAGAUACAGUUUCUACUACACAGCAACGUGUGUAGUUUGCACUGUUGGCUGAUCUCCAUGUGAAGAGCUCUUCUACUGUAAUGAAGGCAGCUAGAAACAACAUGUUGGCUGCUGGAAUGUCUAACAACAAGGUCAAAUACUCGAGGCUGGCUGCCGACGAGGAUGGUUACAUAGAUCUACAGUUCAAGCGAAGCCCUCCGAAGGUCCCGUACAAGGCGAUCGCUCUGGCGGUCUUCCUGUUUUUGAUUGGCUCGUUACUGAUAAUCUUCGGAGCGCUUCUCCUGUCAGGAACCAUAGAGGUGGAGCAUCCGGAUCGAACCAUCCCCGUCAUUAUCAUCGGGCUCCUCGUCUUCCUCCCUGGGUUUUACCAUCUGAGAAUCGCUUACUACGCCUCCAAAGGUUACCGCGGUUACUCCUUUGAAGACAUCCCGGAUUUCGGAGACUGAAACGCGUGACCGCUGCUAACAUAUGCCAUCCUGACUCUGCUGAGACCAUCGGCUGCUGUUUACGUAACGUAUCAGAACGAAUGUAGCAAAAACACACCUUUUAGCUUUAUCACCGCUGACCCGUGGAUGCCAGUUUGGCUCCACGCUGCUCUGCUGAUCUCGAUUACUCUCCGCUCUAGUUACUUUGCAUAAUGAAGUCUCUUAUCAGAAUACCAUUGCACCUUUUUACUGUAAAACACUCACCUCUCAUCCAGGAAAUAAUUAUUAUACCUCUGUGAUGAUUAGUGAGACAUUUCUGGAGAAUCAAUCAUAGAUGCCUUUAAUUUCUACAAAAACCUGUAGAACUGACAAACUUUUGCAGAGUUGCACACAGCUAAUGCAUAAAAUCUCCAAAACACUUAGUUUUUAAUAUCGCGUAGUUUAUUUUAUGUUAGAAAAGCUCAGGAGGCUAUAUUUCUCCUACAUGAUUUUAUAAGUAGCUCAAGUCUAAUUACUUUGUCAAAGUACAGUAUAUUUUUGAAUGAAAUGUAUUAUUUGGUGUAAAAUAUUACAGUUUGUGCAUUGUCAUUAAAAUGUAAAUAUCAAAGAAACCAGUAUUGUUAUAUAUUUGCUUUAAGAAAUAAAGCUAGAGACCUGAACCAG